AUGCCGAAACCGCAUGCUCGUGAUCAGGUGUGCCCCAUGAUUCUGGCUUACCACGGAUCGUUACCCGAUAAUGAACCGCUCGAAACACAAAGUAUGUUCCAGUUCCAGCAUUGGGACAAGUGUCUGCGGGAAAGCCAAUCUUACCAUUGCGAUGAGUACUCGCGUAUCGUCUUUGUAAGUGUUAUUGCGCUGAAGAUCGAUGCCCUUGAUUUUCACUUGAUCCACCGGCGCUGCAGCAGAACGACAGACCUAAUGACUAUGGCGGAUGGCAGUUAUGACCCAAUGGGGCACAUCCAAACGGGUCGUCCACACGCGUACUACCUGUGCCAGGCGGCAGCGGUCGCGCUGGAGCAGCAGCAGCAGCAGGAGCAGCACCAUCACCGCCAUCAUCACCAACAGCAGCAGCAGCAGCAGCAACAGCAGCAGGAACACUCGAACCCGGUCCGGUCGCGCCCAUCCUCGGACGAUGGACACGAGAACAACAACAACCUGCCCGCGGCCGCCAACAACAAUCUGUUCUGCUCGGAGCAGAAGAAGCACAAGCGGAAACGGCUGUCGGCGGUGCUGGACAAGCUGCACAACGGCGGCACGGUGGUCAACCACAACAACAACAAUGUCGGCGAGGGUCAGCCGUUUAAGGUCAAGUGUGGCGAUUCGCGCUCGAGCGCCGAAGACUCCGCCGAGGACUCGGUGUUUCCGUACUCCGCUAGUCCGCGCAUCAGCGUCAGCCCGUUGCGCCUGUCCGAGGUCGAUGAGAAUGUGCCACAGCAGAUGACGAAGAAGGUGCAGCGCGCCCAGCACCAGGCGCUGCCGGUGGGCGGCCACGACCAGCAGCUUCCGUCACCUUCGCAGCAGCAUCAGGCCAAGCUGAAUGCGCUCCAGCAGGCGAUGGUGCCACUGCAGCCCUCCCACAACAAGCAGGACGAUUCGCAGAGCAUGUACAAGCAGCUGCAGUAUUUCAACCCGCUGGCCCUGUUCAACUACCUGCCCGAGCCGACGAAGCUCCUCUACCAGGAGUUUGCCGCCCGCCAGCGAAGCCAUUCCGACUCCGACCUCCAGCAGCAGCAGCAACUGGAGCAGCAGAAGCUGCAGCAGCUGGACCAGCGGAGUCUUCAGUCACCGACGCAGGCCGGGCCGAAGAAGAAACGGGCCAGCCAUGGGAGCGCGGGAACCGGCGGCCGGGGUUCGCAGAAGCGUCCUCAGGCGGCAAGCAGACGGAACAGCAAUGCGAGUAGCAGCAGCGGAAGUGCCCCACUCGACCCGCAGGAACAUCCGCUCGAUCUGUCCAUGAAGUCGACCGGCAGCGGCAGCCGGCCCUCGCUGCACGCCGAGUCGCCGACUCUCCUGACGACUGUGAUCAAGGAGGAGCCCGUGAUCAAGGACGAGUCUCCUCCGCCGCCCCCCAUGCCCGGCUCCCCGUUCCCAUCGGGAAUGAUCGUCAAACGCGAGCACUUCCCCGAGCUGCGCCAAUCGCCCGCCUUCGAGCAUCUCACCAACGGUGCCGGCCUGUCGGUGGUUCCGUCGAUGACCGGCCCGGGUGGCUUCAACCUGAACGUGUCGCCCGUCGUCGAGGCCAUGCCACCCGGGUCCGACGUGGCUUACAUGUGUCCCGUGUGCGGGCAGCUGUUCUCCCUGCAAGACCGACUCGCGAAGCAUAUGGCGUCCCGGCACAAGAGCCGCACCGGUGCCACCGACAUCACCAAGUCGUACAUGUGCGAGGUGUGCCAGCGGUCGUUCGCCCGCUCGGACAUGCUGACGCGCCACAUGCGCCUCCACACCGGCGUUAAGCCGUACUCGUGCAAGGUGUGCGGGCAGAUCUUCUCGCGAUCGGACCAUCUCUCCACGCACCAGCGGACGCACACCGGCGAGAAGCCGUACAAGUGUCCGCAGUGCCCGUACGCCGCCUGCCGCCGGGACAUGAUCACGCGGCAUAUGCGCACCCACACCCGGCACGAAAUACAGCGCGGUGGCGGCGGUGGUGGUGGUGGAUCGAACGGUGGCAGUACCAGCCCACUGAUGGACCAGAAGUCACUCCUGCUACCGCUGGUGAACCUCAGCACGGGCCGGGGCCUCAAGAAGGAGGGUGCGUUCGGAGGUGUCAGCGCCAACUACGCCCUGGAAGCGACGACUGAAUCGUAG